GCGGCGGAUGGGAGAUUUCGGCUGGGCCUUUUCUGCCGACAAGUCCUCUGCCCCGGCGCCCAGCUUCAUAAGUGGCGUCAAGGAGGCGUUCGGCGUCAGCCCCUGCGCCUUGGGGCUCUCGAGCGCCGCCCACGCCUGCCUGGGCGCGCAGGACAUUUGGGGAGCUCCUGUACCCCUCGGGCUGUCCGUGACGGCAGCCGGCCUGGCCUUCGCGUUGGGCGCCUUGCUGGUGCUGGCGGCGCAGGCCUUGUGCUGCUCUUGCUACGUGACCUGCAGGACCGACAAGAUGCGCGCGGCUCCGAGAAAGCGAAGGUCAUUGGUGGGGCUGAAGCCCGGGGACGUGGUCUUCGUCAACUACGGGGUGGACGAGGAACCCUGGCAUGAGCGCCUGAUCCUCGCGGUCGUAGACCACUGCUGUUACAUCAUCUUGACCCCAGAUGGGGACAUCUACGCGGAGACCAUCAGCCUGGAGUACCUCCAGGACUUCAGGGAGGGGGGCCCCCGAGGGGGGCUUCCCCCUGGGCUGGGCGCGGCGCGCGGCCAGCCCGUGUACCGCUUCUCGUCGAGGCCGGUCGGGCAGGAACUGCAGGACUUGUUCGAGGAGGGCCGCGCCAAGGCGGCCGAGGAGAGGCGCACGAUGGGCAUUCUGGAGGACGAGCCGGAGCCGCCACCAGCGUCGGCGGGAGCCGGCGCGAGCGGGGCUCCCCCCCUGCCUCCCUUGGCGGGUUCGCCUCCUGCUGGGUCAAGCUCGGAGCUUUUCAAGUGGGUGUGUGUGGCGCGGUCGGCACAGGUGAGUGUUGGCAACACCUUCAUGCUUGCGGCGCAGCACCACACACCAUCGGACAGCUUCGUGAGCUGCGGCUCGGUGGGCCUGUAUGACAUGGGCCUGCGAGGUGAUCCCGCGGUGCUCUACCGCGUGGAAGUGGGGGCGCAGGAGGUUGAGAUGAUCGAGCACUUCAGGCGCUUGACGAAGAAGGACGGCGACGUCGAGGGCACGGACACUCCCCCGGUGCGAGCGCCAGGAGUAUCCAGCGCCGAGGACGCCCGCACCUUGCCUGUGCUGCGCGACAGCGCGGGACGGCGCUUCAGGGACAUGAAGAGUGUGGCGAACAGUUCGGAGAUGUGUGCCUUCGACGACUGGGUGCUGGAGGGGCCGCGUACGGCAUUGUACCUGGUGAAGGAGAUAGCUAAGCAGGCGGCGGGUCCCCUCCAGCGUCACUCGACCUGGAAGCACGAGAACAAGCUGCAGGAUGACGAGCACAAUGCGGUGACGCACGAGAUGCUUUCGGAUAUCCUUGAGCUGGCGACGACGUUCGACCAGCUCGACGUGUCGAACUUGGCGAGCAUGGAGAGCCUGUGCCGCCACAUCCAGCACAUCGAGCAGCGCAUCAAGAAGAAGCGGGAGGCCAGGAAGGACUUCGACCUGCAGGACUACUACCUGGGCAGGACGCGGCGCACCGGCGGCGCGCUGAUGGCCCCGGAGCUUCAGAAGUGGGUGGCCGAGUCGGCGGCCCGUGAUUCGUCCAUCUUGAAGGAGGAGAGGAAGGCCGCCGAGGUGACCUACAGCUCUCCUGAACAGCGCCGAGGUCCUCGCCGUGCUGCCCAACGUCUGGGCAGGAAGGCGGCCAUCGGCCGACGCUCGAACGACUGCAUCGCCGCCCUCAACAACCUGUAUGGGGACGGCUCGUUUUUGCCUGGAGGAAGACCCUCUCAGGCACAGUUCUCGGCGCUUGACGGCAUCCUGCGCGCGGUCACCGAUGACAUGCCGCCGGACCCGUUGCCCGCCCCCGAGGCAGCCCUUCAGGAGUUGCUCGGUACCGAGGCCCUCGACUACGCGUCUGAGGACCUCUCCGUGGUUGCACCGUAUGAUCGCGGCUUGGUCUCGUGGCCGGACACCGCAGGCUCGGUGAACUUGCUGGACGUGUUGCCAGACCCUGACCGCCAGGAGGUGAUCGACGGUCCCCGUGCGCUUUUGCUUCGGGCUGAGGAGGAGCCGCCAGCGACCUGCAAGGUCUACUGGGACAAGACGCUCAAGGCGGACAGAGGCGAGUACGUCAGGUUCGUACAGGACCUGCUGAACAGGGGCAUGGUGGAGCUCCGUAUUCGCCGUGAUUUUGAGGUUGGGAUAUUCUUCGUGCGCAAGAAGUCAGGCAAGUUGCGCCUGAUAGUGGGCGCCAGGUCCGUCAAUCAGAACCUCAGGCGGCCCACUUCAAUCCAGCUGGCGUCGACCGCGGCGAUGGUCGGGCUGGAAGCGGAGCCUGGGGACAUGCUAGAUUUCUCGAUUCAGGACAUUGCUGAUUGCUUCUACCAGUUCAAAGUGCCGGACUACAUGGUGCAGUGGUUCGGGAUGAAGCCCGUCAGGGCUGGCGAGGUGGGGGCCAAGACCGUGCAGGGCGAGCCGGUCCUUGCAGGCGCCUGGGUCUACCCCUGUCUGCGGGUGCUGCCCAUGGGCUUCUCGUGGGCCAUGAGAUGGACGCAGCAGGCUCAUCGAGAGCUGCUGCGCCGGGCAGGGCUUGGGGGCAUCGAGAGCGAGCUGGUGGACCGCCAGGUGCCCCCGUCGGCCUCGGCAGCGCCUGUCCCCCGCAUCGUUUACGUGGAUAACGAUGUAUUCGUCUCGUCUCGCCCAGGUGCCUCUGCCGACGCCAGGCGACUGGCGGCCAAGAAGAUGUCCAACAUCGGGCUGCCGCUGCAUGAGGUGGAGGAGGGCAAGCAUGUUGUCGAAGCGCUGGGCCUGGAGCUGGGCGGCAUCAAGCUUCGGUGCCGCCUGGCCUCCUCCAAGCGGUGGCGGCUGGUGCAAGUGAGGCAGGAGCUGCAGAAUGCCAUGCACAUCAUGCCGCUGCUCGCGGUGCAAUUCGAUAUGCCGCGGUCAGGGUUGGUCACCUGCUCCGACGCUACGCUGAGGGGCUACGCCGUGCAGGAGGCUGACUUCCCGGUGUCUGAGGUCAGGCAGGUGGGGCGCUGGAGUGAACGCUGGCGCUUCAAGGUCGAGGGGGCCGGCCGGCGGCUGCAGCUGCGCUGGGAGCCCACCGGCGUGAGGCUCACGGAGAGGAGCGCCUGGCCCCCCCCCGCCGCCGGCGAGCCGGCUCCCGAGAGACGGCUGCAGCGUCGGAGCGGCCCGGUGCCCAGCGCGGUCGUCGGGCCAUGGCAGAGUGGCGGCGGCCCAGGUUACCUCGACAAGGCGGCUGCGCGGCUCAUCGACGAGGUCUCGCCGAUCCCCUGCGAGGUCGAGAGGAUCGCUGGUACUGGUGGGCCGACCGUCCUGGAGCAGGAGAGCGUAACGGCGAAGACCAAGGAGGACUACGAGCGGAGGGUGGAGCGGUUCUUCGGCUUCUGCAGCAUCAACGGCCUGGCGCUCGACACCGACCUGCUGCUCGAGGAGGCCCUGGUGGAGUACAUGGACCUCCUGUUCGCGCAGGGGGAGCCCUGCAACAGCGGGGCCAAGCUGCUGGCGGCGGUGGGCCAUCGCUGGCCAAGGCUCCAUCAUGCCGGGCGGUUGCUGAAGCUGCCGACGGUGGCGAAGGCGCUGCAGGGCUGGCGACGUCUGGUGCCGCCCGUGACGCGGGCGCCCGUGCCGUGGGCCGCCGUGGCGGCCAUCGCGCCGGCCCUGGUCAGGUGCAAGCAGCCACUGGCGGCUCUGGCAGUGGUGCUGGCGGCAGACGCCUACCUUCGGCCAGGCGAGCUGCUGUCGCUCCGGGCCGACCGUGUGGUCCCAGCCCAGGCGACGGCCGGGGGCGACUACCGCUUCGCGUCGCUGGUGCUGAGGCCAGAGGAGGAGCUGCAGCCGACCAAAACGAGAGGCUUCAACGACUCGAUCCUUCUGGACAGCGUGUCGAGGCCCUACCUGGGCGUGCUGGUGGAGCGGCUGGCGAAGCAGAAGGGCUUCUCGGCGGAGCUCCUCUUUCCGUGGUCGGCCGCGGCUUCCACUGCCAUGUUCAAGCGUGCCGCGGCCGACGUCGGCCUGGAGGCUUGGGAAUUCACGCCGUGCAUCCUCAGGCAUGCAGGCCCGUCACACGACUGGCUGACCAAGGCUCGGUCCCUGGGCGGCAUCAAACGGCGCGGAAGGUGGAUCUCCGACAUGAGUGUUCGGAGGUACGAGAAGAGCUCGCGGGUAAUGCGGCGCCUGGCGACACUGCCGCGAUAUUGCCAGCUGCUGUUGGCCGAGUCGGCCAACAACCUCGAGGCAGGGCUCAGGUUCGGGCACGUCGGCAGGUUCGAGAGCAG